GUCACGCUGGACCAAAGAACGGAAUCAAGAAACUACGUGUCAUCUAAUAACAUCAUGAAAACAAAAACACAUACGUGCGUACCAGGUACUGGCGGUAAUUUCAUAAUUCCAUCUGUGUAGAACUUCUGUGGUUUAUCAGCAAAAAACUUUUUCAAGUGAUUUUCGGCAGCUCGGCCAAUGUUUUUCCAUCAAGAGAGUUCUGCAAAGAUUGAAACAAAUGGUAGUCAGACGGUGCAAGAUCUACCUGGAGAAUCAAUCGAAGAGAUUGCUGAAUCUGUAGAUGAGUUGCGGGAGAAGCUUGCUAAUAUGAAAAAGCUCAUGAAAGAGCGAAGAGGUACGACACUGGGAGAGAUCAGUGCCCGGAAAAGAAAAGAAUCCUCCAACAUAAUAGACGAUAAUCUUUUAUCCUGGAUUUUUGGAUUGGCUCUCGCAGGGAUUCUGAUUGUUAGCGGCUACGCUUUCUACAACCUUUAUCAUGCAGUGCUGAAGAAAUUCCCAUCCCAUCAUACGGAAUUAUAAAGAGAAUGCGUGAGAGCGAGAAGCAGUAACAAUGAGGGAUGUCGACUGCAGCGAGGAAAAGCGAGCGACUGUCCAGGGCCGGCGCACUGGAGACUGCCGACGGAGAGAAAAAACAAGGCGAGGCAUGGCGACAAAUAAGCGCUACUCGGAAGAGGCUUGCAAGAGGCACCGAGGAUGGACAGGCUGGAACGGACAAACGGCCAGGACAAAGGCCGUUGGAUGCUGGUUGGCCAUCCGUAAGGAUAACGACGGAGGAUCAUCGCUUCAAGAGUAUGCAGCAGCCGUCCGCGAAGAUGGCGAGAGCGGCGAGAAUGUCGAAUGCCGACGGGGACCGCACGACACCGGCGGAGAACCGGCACUGCGCUGUCAUGACCUCACGACUAGAUAAAGGCGGCCGCUGAUUGGCCGCGCAGCUACGCGCGAAGAUAUCGCGCACCCUGUGAGAGGGGGAGUUGCGCCCAUUGAUCGCGCAUCGAGCGCGAUUCUCCCGGCUUUUGCGUGCGCCCCGGCUAACUGCGUGCGUGCAAGGAAAACGUAAGCGAGCAAUGUCAGCGAGAGAUACCGGCGAGUUGGUUAUCGGUGGCAGUGCCAGGUCGGACGAGUCCUACACGACGUCGGAUGACGUCGGACGAUGUCGAGGAAGACGUCGAUCCACGAGAUCAGGAUAGAUUCCGUGUCGUCGUCGAGAUGAUCUUACUGCCAGUUGUGUAAAGUCACGAGCUGCCCGUGACGAUUCGCUCGUGUUCUGAGGUGGAGCCAUUGGUGUUAGUGCGCGAGUGUGUCCGCCGCGUGGCGAUUGAACGUACUCUUUUUGGGUAAUUAUCGGGCAAUCCACUUUAAGCACCAGACGCUGUCGCGUCACCCAGCUGUCGGCUGCCGCGUUUUUUGUUAUCGGUUCCGCCGUGGAAAUUCACAGACGAUUGAUUUUCUGGGAAGCCGCAAAGCCCUCGCGCACGUGCGCGAGUCAUGCCGCAGUCGUGAUCGCACGACCGCCAGAUAUAUCGGUGCAUCGUUGGAUAGCGUUACGUUUAUAAUGUUUUUGGAUAAUUUUGAUUUUUGGUUGCAACGACUGCGUCGUUGGCGCGUACAUUUUCUUGCGUUUGUUGUGAAUGAAAGGAAGCUCAUUAGCGGAAGUUUGGCUAUCGUAUUUUCGCCGCGCCGUUCAGAACGCGCGCGAUUGUUUGUCGUGUGUCGCACGUGAUCCACUUCCGAAGUAUUCGCUUUUGCGUAGCCGUUGUGUAAAUGACUUUAAGUCGGCUUUUGCGUCCUUACUACCUUUUUGUUUGCUUCUACUCGGCGUAACUCUUUUUAUCUAUCAUUUCGGUGCAUUCAUUUUAUUCUUUUUUUUGUACGACAUUGCUUUUAUUAUACACUAUAAUAUAUGUUACUCUUGCUUGUUACAUUGGCCUAACUUCGCUUGAUUUCUUGCCUAACCCGUGUCUUUCCGUAGGAGAGCAGCUUUGUCCCUGUCUCCGCUACCCCGCUUCUCUACCGGUUAGAGGAGCUAGCUGGCCGCGUGCGAGCGACGAUUUCGUCGCGUUUUUGCCUGAUAAUCUAUCGCGGGGUAUGACUUAGUGUCUAGCGUUAGAGGUCGGAUUCGGUGACGCAACCGGUAUAAUCGCGUCUGGCGCCCAACUUCGUGAUUUAGCGCAAACUUAGAUAUCAGUGCUCUCGCGCGCGUUUUGGGUGUUAUUUUUUGCCCUUGUUUGAUCACGUAUUUUGCCGUAGCUCUCUGACGUCAGAAAAAUACGUGACAACGUAUAUAUAAGUAUACGUAUAUAUAAGUACAUCGUAUAUAAAUAUAUACAUAUGCAUGUACGUAUGCAGAUACAUUGAUUUUUUUUUAACAUAUUUAAUUUGACGUUAUUAAUCGCGAUUUGAUCGUGUAAAAUUAAUAAAAAAAAAAAGAAUAAACGAAUAUUAAUUCUAAUAGCAAACGUAGUUACAGCGUAUGCUUAGUCCUAUACUUUAACCGUAAUAAUAUACUAUAAAUAAGCUCCAAAAUGUAAAUACACGAUGCGGUGAAGAAUGCUCUCACUCGGCCUUUUGUUACUCAGUCUUGAUCGUGGCCUCGCUUCAUUAACAUCGAGAGUGAUCAGUGAGUUUGAAAAAAAUGAAUUCAGAACUCUGCAAUGGACUCGAGCUGAUGUAGGAUUAUCUGCACAGAGUUCUUUGUCUCCUCCCCGUCCAUACAUUAGACAGAAUUAUUGUUAUCGCAGAAUCCGUUCUUCACGGACAUCUUCCUUCUUAAGACGAUGUGUAUGCUGGCAAUCUGUUUAACAUCUUAAUCUUUCUCCCUUCAUUUAUUAUCCUGAUAUUUUCGGAUAUAUCCCGACGCAUCCUAGCAGAGAAUGUGAAAAAAUCCCAAUGCAUCCGGGUAGAAAAUGCGGAGGAAGAGGAGGAGAAAAUGGGGGAGGUGGAGGUGAAGGAGGAAGAAGUGAAGGAGAUGGAAAUGGAGGGGGUAGAGGUGGAGGAAAUGGAGGUGGAGGUGAUAGAGAUGGAAGAGGAGAAGUAAGGGGAGGAAGACAAUAAUCCAAUAUGUUUUCUAUCCUCCUCCCCCCGAAGACGGGGAACCCGCGGACGAGGAAGCCGCGAACGAAGACAAAGAAGCCACGGACGAGGAAGCCGCGGACGAGGAAGCCGCGGACGAGAAAGUCGCGGACGGGGAAGAUAAUAACAAUAGUGAUAGUGGUGGGUGCUGGCGGUGACGGGGGCGGUGGCAGUGGUGGUGGUGGCAAGCGGCAACAGUUAAGGGCAGCGGUGGCAAAAGACGGGUAAAUUUUGUUUUUAUUAUUUAUUAUUUAUUAUUAUUUCUCCUUUUUGCGCGGCGGCGGCGCGCGGCGGUGGCAUUAAACUCGCGCGCUUCCACGAAAUUCGCCGCGAAUAAUAAUAGGUCGGUUCAAAUCUGGACACCGGGGAUUCUUCUCCCUUUCCCCUUUCGCCUUCUCUCCCCCAACGGUGGUUACCUUAUCACGUGCAUAGGUAUGCCGCCGCCGAAAAAGCACCCCUGUUUUGAUAAACAUUGGUCAGUAAACUGCUCUUGUUUAUCAAAACUGAUAACGGUGCAAGCACGUGUGUGAGUCAUACCCCCGCAACCUACUCCCCCGCACCUACAGUUUCCCCAGCACACCUCACCCUCUGUCGUUGCUUCUGGGUUUGAACCGGCCUAUAUGUCCUACUAACGGUUUAUUCAAAGAAAGGCGGAGUACGCAAAUGUAUUUACAAGGCACGGCAAAGCCACUGACGCGCGGAUGGACGAAAUGAAUAUGAUGCGCAGACAGACAAACGGAUAAUGCGAAAAAUAAUAACGGACACUCGGACGGACGGAACAGAAUACGCGGGUACGGAACGGGAAACGAUCGCGGCUAUUUACAGGAACAAGUGAUUCCGAGACAUCUAGAACUAAUCCCCUUGAUCGCAAGGUCUACAGUUUACUAUCGAACGGGAAAAGAAACGUAGCCUCAAUUUUUUGGAUACUUUAAUUAGAGUCGAAAGCAACACCUUACAUAUUGACUGGUUCCAUAAAGACACCUUCUCAGGUAGAUAUAUCUUAUCAUACUAUUCACACCACCCAUUUAGUCAAAAAAUAGGAACCAUUUAUAGCAUGGUAAAUCGGGCGUUGUUACUAUCACAUCUAAUACCACAAAAAAAAUCUAGAAUUUUACAUCAACACUCUAAUUGAUAACAGCUACCCAAUAGAGUUGAUUUUUAACAAAAUUAACAUAAAAAUCAAAAAAUUGAUUAAUAAGAAAUUAUAUAAGAAAGUUCAAAACCUAAUCAACGUCGGACACGCUCGUGGAAAGAAAAAGUAUUUGGUCUUCCCGUACAUAAAAGACGUGUCUAAAAAAAUAUCUACAUCCCUGAAUAAAGAUAUAAUUAGGCUAGGUUUCAGAUGUUUAAAUAAACUAGAUAAGUUUGUUAAAGCACACAAGAAUAAGAACAUAAAAACAAAAUGUAACAACGUCAUCUAUAAAUUAAAUUGUAACAAUUGUAACGCCUUGUACGUAGGACAAACAAAAAGAAAACUAAAAACAAGAAUCAAAGAACAUGCAAACAAUAUUAAACUUGAAACAGCGAAAAUAUCCGUUAUUAGGGAACACAGAGUACAACAGAGUCAUUUGUUCGAUUGUGUUAAAAUCCUUGAUUUUGAACCAAAUUAUUAUAAGCGUUUAAUUUCUGAAAUGAUACACAUUUUUUUCGAGACGGAAAAUGAAAUUGCGACGUAUGGUUGCAUUCUUCGUGCGGCUCGCCUAAUUCGCAGGAUGGCGCCACUUGCCCGAAGAGUGUGGCUACUACGUUCUCGUGGUGGCCAAUUACUGGCGUAUUCCGACUGGCGGGAAAUGGAUUUUGAAUGCUUAACGUUAAGUUAGAGUUUUUCUUAAUGCGCGAAUUAUUCUUUAAAUCUGACGGUCUUUGGCUUGGUCGCUGGACCGAAAUAUAUUCUUGGUUCUUGCUGGCUCGGUGCACCAGCUGACGCCGGAAAUGUAGUUGAUUGAGAGGUAUCUGGGUCUUGAAUUACUAAGUAGGCAGGCUUAAGCCUAUCGACAGUAACAUUAAUGCGUUCACCGUUCAUAUCCAAAACAAAGACUUUAUCCGAGAUGCGCUCUAAAACCCUAUGUGGGCCGGUGUACAGUUGAUCUAAGGGGCGUCUGCUACCUUCUACUUUGAGAAAAACAUGGGAACAAUUACAUAAGUCUUUGUGGAAAAACAUUUUAGGUUUAAUAUGAUGCGAGGUCGGUCUAGGUCGCAGUUUUUGCAUAAUUACGCGGAAAUCCUCAACGAAAAUCCGUGGAUUACUCGGCAUUUCCUCCGGAGGAGAAAAAUUAACCUGGGACUUUAAGCGUGGUGCCAUACACUAAUUCCGCUACGGAGGUGCCUAAAUCUUCCUUGAAGCAGGUUCUCAAACCAAGCAAAACCAAUGGUAGUGUGUCGAUCCAUUGAGCUUCGCCAUGGCACAUCAAUGCAGACUUGAGGGAGCGAUGCCAUCGCUCGAUGAUCCCGUUGGACUUCGGGUGAUACGCAGUUGUUCGGCAGCGCUUCGAACCGACAAGUUGGACUAGAGCAUCGAACAAUUGUGCCUCGAAUUGUGAGCCUUGAUCAGUUGUGAUCAGGCGUAGGGAACCGAACCUGGCUACCCAGUGAGUGAAAAGGUUCUUUGCCACCGUAUCUGCAGUGCAGUCCUGCAAAGGAAUGGCUUCGGGCCAACGAGUAAAUUGAUCGACCAUUGUUAACAGAUAUCUGAAACCUUUAGAUGGAGGCAGGGGGCCGACAAUAUCAAUAUGCACAUGUUCAAAACGUGAGUCGGGCACUGGAAUUUUAGUGGGCAAAACGUGGUUGUACCGAUGGAUUUUCAAUUGCUGGCACGCUAAACAUGUACGGGCCCACUUUUUAAUGUUUUAACUUUUGCCAUAGAUGGCCACACAAAUUUUUGCGAAAUUUGUCGAUGCGUUGCUCUGCCGUUUGGAUGCGACAUCUGAUGCACCAUGUCGAACACUUGUCUGCGCAAUGAUGCAGGAAUGUACGGCCUGAUGUCGUCUUCCGAGGUGUCACAAAAGAUGGUGGAUGCUGUCUCCGAUAGAGUAAACUUUUUUAGUUUCAGUGACGUUGCUGCGGAUUGCUUCAACUGUUGCAGUUCUUCGUCUGAAGAUUGAGUUUCUGCAAUUUCCUGCAUGUCAAGGCUGGUUGGCAUCACGAUGGUGUCGACGCGAGAUAAAGCAUCUGCUACGAUGUUCUCGGCGUCUGCGAUGUGGCAAAAGUCAGUCGUAAAUUCUGAGAUGAAAAGCAGCUGGCGAGUUUGCCUGGGAGACAUUUGAUCAGAUUUCCUCUUAAAUGCGAACACGAGGGGCUUGUGGUCUGUUACGAUGUAAAAAUUUUGUCCUUCGAGCAUGAAACAAAAGUGCUUGAUAGCCGAGUAGAUAGCCAACAGCUCUCUAUCAUACGCACUAUACCUAGUUUGCGUGGGUGUGAGUUUCCUCGAGAAGAAACUAAGUGGCUGUAAAAUUCCGUUGCUGCGCUGUUGCAAUACUGCACCGAUCGCUGUAUCUGAGGCGUCGAUUUGCAACGAGAGUGUUGCCUUGCUAUCAGGGAAUGCAAGUGAGGUGGCUUGACAAGGUGCUUUUUAACUUCCCGAAAAGCUUGUCUGAGCUCCGGGGUCCACACUAUUUUUGCGUUAUUGCAACGUUUACGUCCGGAGAUUUCCUUGAGCAAUGGCGCCUGCAUGGUUGCAACGUCUUUGAGAAAUCGGUUGUAAAAGUUGAGCAUGCCCAAGAAGCGUCGAAGUCCUUUAACCGUUGCUGGUUCUUGGAAAUCGGUGAUGACUUGGACCUUUUCAGGAAGGGGUCUGAUGCCUUCCGUGCUGAUUGUGUGUCCCAGGAAGCUGACACUUUUUUGACCAAAAACACAUUUAUUGGGGUUGAUUGUGAUUCCGUACUGUUGGAGUCUGCCGAAGAGUAUUCUCAGGUGCUCUUUGUGCUGUACUUCAUCCUGUGAAGCGAUCAAGAUAUCAUCAAUAUACGUAAAGCAUAAGUCAAGUCCCGCGGUUACCCAAUCCAUGAAUCUUUGAAAGGACUGCGCCGCGUUACGCAGCCCAAAAGUCAUAAACGGAAAUUCAAACAGUCCAAACGGCGUAAUAAUUGCGGUCUUUGGAAUAUCCGAUUUGCGGACUGGUAUUUGUUGGAAUGCGCACACCAAGUCUAGAGUAGAGAAUAUAGUCUUGUCAUGCAGGAAAUGCGUGCUGUCUUGCAAAAAAGGAAUUGAGUAACGAUCUGGCAAGGUUACCUCGUUGAGUUUGCGAUAGACCCCACACGGGCGCCAGUCGCUGUUUUUCUUUUGUACUAGAUGUAGGGGACUAGUCCAAGGACUUUUGGAGGGUCUACAUAAGCCUUGUUGAGUCAUGUAUUCAAAUUCUUGUUUGGCUGCCUUAAGCUUCUCCGGGCACAGUCAUCUAGCUUUGGCUGACACAAGGGAACCCGUUGUCUCGAUAACAUGUUCCACUCCGUGCGCAGUUUCCUUAUGAAUGAUCGACGUCUUCGUUACUUCUGGAAACUUACUUAGAAUCUCUUUAAAUGGACAAUUUUCGGCCAACGUUGUUAUGCGAGGCGUGGCUUGUUUGACCAGCUGAGCGGAGACUUUGAUGAGCGUAUUGCCGUCGAUUAACCGCUUGUGUCGAAUGUCGGGCAAUAAAUUAAAAUGUGCCAGGAAAUCCGAGCCAAUGAUACAGAUGUCCACGUUGGCAAUCACAAAAGGCCAUUGAAAGGUCCAACGGAAUCCCAAGUCGAGUUUGAGUAACUUCUGUCCAAACGUAGGAAUAAUUGUUCUAUUAGCCGCAUAAAGUACAUGAUCGCUCUGAUUCGACCGGUUGCGUUUUGAGACGGGAAGAGUCGAGACGUCCGCCCUGGUGUCUAUCAAAAAUUUAAUGCCGGUGAUACGGUCUCUGACUAUGAUACAGCGAGUUGCCACGGCCAAACUACCUGCCGCCUGAGGCAGUUCGGCUUCUAGUUUUCCUGUGGGGCUGGUUUCCAACCGCACGGCUUCGUGCACCUGUUGGCUUUGCUGCCAAAACGUCGAUGGUACCAGCAGCUAUCGGAUUGGCUCCCUGAACUGGAUCUUGAAUAACUUCCGCGACCAGAACCCUGCGGAGUUCGUGAACGGCUGCGCGAAGCACGAGUCUCUAGCUUUUCCACUCGUUCUAUAAGCGCGGAAAUCUGCGAACAUUGCGGAUCCGUUGGAAGAGUCUGCUUGGAUGUUGCUGCCGUGACCACGUUAAUGCCGGCGGGUAACACAUCUGUUACUCUAUCCGCUAGCUGCGAUAAUUCUUCAAGGUCGUACUUGGUAGCUGUUAAAAUGGCUUGCACCUGCUGCGGUAGUCGUUGUAGCCACAAAGAUUUAAGCACUUCUUUGGAUACACCGGAUUGUGCAAGGUCUCGCAUUCGUCUAAGUAAUUGCGACGGGCGGCGGUCACCCAGAUCGAUCUCAUUUAAUAGUCUACGCAGUUUCUUUUCGGCGCUGUCCGCGAAACUUUUAUCUAACCUGUCCUUAAGCGCAUGAUAUUUGUCCGCCGCGGGAGGAUUAAGCACAAUAUCGCUAACCUCAGCUAAACAAGCUUCGUCGAGGCAUUGUAUCACGUAAUUAUACUUCGUAUCGUCUACUGUUAUAUUCGCGGUAAGGAACUGAGCUUCCAUCUGCACGAACCAUAGGUCCGGCUUCGAUUUUCAAAACGGCGUGGAUCUAAUACUGACUCGCGCGAGCGCGAGAACCUUUAUUAUUUGCACUGUUCUCUUGGUCGCCCGACGAGGGGUCGCCUGAGCCACUAGCCAUGAUUGUUCGUUACACGUACGCGUUGAUUAGGUUGAAAAAUUUUUUUACAGCGUAACGCGCCGUGAUCACGUCGGGGUCACCAAUUGUGACUACUACGUUCUCGUGGUGGCCAAUCACUGGCGUAUUCCGACUGGCGGGAAAUGGAGAGUUAUAAUGAAUGUUUAAGCAGCUAGGCUUUAAAUAAAAUAGUUUUGCUUUAUUAAAAUCACCAAGACAAUUAAACCCACGAGUACGUGGACGUGAUCGCGUGCUUACAGCUCGAGCCUCAAUGGCUAUGAUUCGAGGUUAGCUCUCGGGAACUUAUAGGCCUACUGUACAAGAGUAGUAGAGUCUACGCGAAUAUGGGUACAGCUAUCUGAGCUAACAUCACAAAUGAUCCCGGAGGAUUGAUUAGAAGAAGAUUAAUCUUACCAAAUAAAACUUAGGAAAUAAUACGCUAUCGCUUGCGAACGUUCGCAUUAGAUACGCCAUGCACGGAGAGAGGGAGAGCGAAAAAGCGAGAGAGAGGGAGCGCACAAAAACGGAACAAACCAGCGCCGCCACUAGCGCUCGUAACGCCACAAGAAAUCUUCUCGCGAAAUCGAUAAAUUACUCCAUAUAUCACCGCGGCGCUAAAGAUAUCCGGAAAGGGAGCACUCGCGGUUUCCGUUUUCUGCACGGAUUUGGCGACGCGAGUUCAUUUUCGGCUUCUUCUUCUUCUUCCAACCGUCGGAGCAACACCACGCAGCCUGGCCGUGUGCAAGCUUUCCGAUAACUCGUCGACUUUCUAAAAUCAUGGUCGCAAAACCAUACUUACGCGAGUAACAGUUUUAGUGAUCUGGUCAAUCGACAGUGCGAGAUUGCAAGUGAAGAAGAAGCCGGAGCAAACUCUCGUGUGCUCUAAACCGGCUCGCGUCCGCCUUUGUUUGAAAGCGCCAUGCGCCGAUAUCAUCAAGUGACAACGCGACUGUGAACGCGCUCGAGUCGCUGUCGCUCUGAAGAUUCUCCGGUUGACGAGAAUUGAACAGUAGUGACUUUCAUAAACACGCCCUCCGCGAUUUCACGCGUGGUAGGAGUUUUGCAUAAGAUCUCCGGUGGCAAAAUCUCUUGGCGCGCGCCAUUGCGAUCUACGGUGGCGAGAUUUCUUUGGUCACGCCAUUACCACGUGGUGCGGAACUGUAUCGAAUUUAAAGAUCAUACCACUCUGGUUAUCAUUUGUUGUAAUUGUGAAUAUAUUUUGACUGUCUGACACUCGAGAA